UUUGCAUAGUCCUUGCUUUAAUCCAUGGUAUCUGUUCAUUUCAGGUAUGCCGGGGCCUGAUGUUGUCAUGGUGAGGCGGUCAUCCAGAGUUCUAAAGCGGAAGGCUGAGGAGGACUUGGAGCCAGAUCUGAAACUCGUUGAUGUUGAACCUGAAAGUAGAUGGAAGAAAUUAUGUAGAAUUAAAGAAGAAAAGGGACUGCUUGAAUCGUUCCGUAAGGAUGAGUCUACACGGCUUAUACUCCAUCGAAUAUCAUUAUCGGAUGAGCAAAGGAAACAGUACAACGCCAAGGCGGCUGAACGGAUGCGGCGUUACAGAGAGCGCAAAAAAGAAAACAUCAAUCCCCAGAAACGCAUGACCAGGGCUGAAAUUCAGUCUUCAGAGGAAAAGAAAACGAAGCAGAGGGAGUAUUGGCGUUUGAAGAAACAAGAGUACCGCGCGAGUUUGACGGGACAAGCAAAGCGUCGCAGGAGAGAGAAGGAAAGGGCACAAAGAGAACCAGAGCAGGGUGAAGUAGUAUCGUCUCAUGUAUCGCCUGAUGAAGAAUCUGAUGAAGAUUUUCAGACUGACUGUGCUAGGAGAAAAGCAAUCUCCCGCGUAAAGCAGUGUAUGCCAAAGACGCCGAAGAAAUGGAUAAAAGUGAUUGGUGGGUUAGUUAGAAAGAUGAGCCCAAGGAAGCAAAAGCAUGCUGAAAAUCAUGGUUUUGUAAAUAAUCCAGACAACACAGUCCAUGCAGAAAUUGGGAUCAAUAUUUCCAAAGAGGUUGAUAAAUUAAAGAAGAAACGGGAUCGAAAGUCACUUGCUGUUAGGCGGAGAUUAGUGCUUGCUAUGCCAAGAAGGGCAAACAGUGUGAAGUGGUCCAAGCUUGUAAAUAGGCAGAGCGAUAUGAGGGAUGAGCAGAUGAAAACAUCAAGGUCCUUGUCAGACAGCUUGAAAGGCACCAUCCAGGAGUUUUAUGAAGAAAAUGCAACAGUCCUGCCUUGCCAGAAAAGGAUAACGAAGAAACUGAAGAAAGCUCGUUCUGGUUUGUCAUUCACUACGCACCGGCUUCAUCAAAAGUUUGUCAAACAGACUGGAAAGAAAGUUGGCAUUACAAGCUUCAGAAAAUUAAGGCCAAAGCAUACACUCUGCAGAGAUAAAGUGAAAUACAAUCAAUGCCUUUGUGAGCGUUGCCAGAAUUGUGAUCUAAAACUGAAGACCAUCAACAGGUUCAUAGACCCACAGUUGAAAAUUAAGGACCGAUACCACAUGGCAAAACUGACAGUUUGUGAAUAUGAGGGAGAUUAUCCAGCUAUGGCAUGCAUCUUGCGCAAAUGUUCUCUCUGUGGUGUAAAGAAAUUGCGACAAUAUUUGGAACCAACAAAACCAAGUACGGAAACAUGCAGAUGGCAAGUGUGGCAGCAGAAAUCGUUUGAGAUGGGUGGGAAGCAGACCAAGAGGAAAGCCUUGGCGAUGAAUGUUGGAUCCGUGGAAGAACUGAUUGACGAGCUGUGUGAAGAAAUGGAAAACUUCUCAAGACACUUGUUCUUCGCUUCUUGGCAGCACCAGCAGUUUUUGAAGAUCUCAAAAAAUCCACCUGAAGGGUUCUGUGUCCUGGUUGCAGAUUACUCGGAGAACUAUAGGUGUGACAUGCAGGAUGAAGUGCAAUCCGCCCAUUGGAGCUACCAGCAAGCCUCCAUAUUCCCUGUAGUCGCAUACUACAGAUGCCCAGAGCCGGACUGUAAAGAGGUGGUUCAGGAGUCCUUGGUCUUUGUUUCAAAUGAUCUAAAUCAUGACGCAAGCGCUGUGCACAACUUCCUGACAAAAGCCAACCAACACCUUUCUGCCAAAACGAUGAUCCAUCAUGAGGUACAGUUUAGCGACGGUUGCAGUGCCCAGUUCAAAUCCCGGGAACCAUUUGCUGACUUGUCCUAUGGAAAGCAUGACUACGGGUUCUCAGUUGAAAGAUCGUUUUUUGGGUCGAAUCAUGGAAAGGGCCCCAGUGAUGGUUUAGGCGCGGUAGUAAAACGAGCCACUAGGGAUGCAGUGAAAUCACGGGAAACCACUGUCCAAGAUGCCAAAGACAUGUGCAAUUACUUGGAACAAAAUCUGACGAUUCCUAGCCAGGACAUGCAGGAUGGUUGCUGCCACAAGCCGCGUACAUUUUUCUAUGUUGAUGCUGAAAACAUCCAGAGGAAACGUCCGUCAAGACACCCAAAUACUGGAGUCAAGGGUACAAGGUCGCUUCACUGUGUUAGAGGCAUAUCGCCAGGACACCUGAUGACACGCAUGCUCAGCUGCUACUGUGACAGUUGUAUGGAAGGAAAGUAUCAGCAAUGUGUAAACAAGCAAUAUGUUCCGGAGUGGCAAGUCUGUUCACUCCGGCUACCCAACAUAACUGAAGCUGCUGUCCAUUUCUUCGCAGACAUACAAACACAAAUGAAGAAAGUGAAAGACUAUGGAAAGCUGGUCAACAUUUGUACUGUAGCAAAGGAGAAGUUGGGGGAAUUUCCAUUAGGCAUGUUAGAACUGGGAACAAUCUCGAACCUACUCAAACGUGACCAAAAAGCUGAGAGGGAUAUUCCAAAUGACAUGGCCCAUAGGAAGAAGGCAUUGAAUGUGCUAGCUGAUGGUAACUGCUUCCCUAGAUGCGCAAGUCUGUUGGCCUAUGGGAAUGAAGAUCACCAUGUUGAAAUGAGGGUGAGGAUUGUCAUUGAAAUGACAAUGAAUGAAGACACAUACCUGAAUGAUAACUAUCUAGGUGGAGGGUUCAAUUCCAAAACUCCCAAGUGCGGCUUAGCAAGUCUAUUUGCCAGUUUCUCAGACAUCUACACAGGUCAAGUAAUCACUAAGACAGUGAUGACUAAAAUCUACAGAGAUGAAGCCUUGAAGGUAGCAAAGCCAGGAUCCUACUGCGGAAUUUGGCAGCUAUUCGCUUUGGCCAGUAUUCUUCAACGUCCAAUAUUCUCGGUGUACCCUUGUCACUGUAAUAAUGAGGGAGUGGUUCGCAGAAACCUUCAUCGAUUGAUCAUUCCAAGAACACAGGCAGCCGCAGAAUGUGCACACAUUCUAUGGACGAACAACAGGGAUGAUGUCAGCUAUUCCAACUGGAAUCCCAACCACUUUGUGGUUUUAGUUGAUGAUCACACUUCAACAUACAGUUCCAUGGCCACGAUGCCGAUGGAUCCUGAACCCCAGACAUCGCACAAUCCAAGCAUGGUAGCAGCCGGGCAGCCUCACUCUUCAGUGGAACCCAGUUCCAUGGACGAGAUGCCGAUGGAUCCUGAACCCCAGACAUCGCACAAUCCGAGCAUGGUAGCAGCCAGACAGCCUCACUCUUCAGUGGAACCCAGUUCCAUGGACGAGAUGCCGAUGGAUCCUGAACCCCAGACAUCGCACAAUCCGAGCAUGGUAGCAGCCGGACAGCCUCACUCUUCAGUGGAACCCAGCCUCUCCAGAAUACAUGUAGAUGAAUCCGGGGAUCAAUCCAAUGGUAGCACAUCAACACCGUCACCAGAUAUCUCUCCAGAGAACUCCAGCUUACCUGAAAUGAAGGAAAGGAAUCGGGCUCAUGCUGUGAAACCAGGGAACUACAUAUUGGUAAAUGUUCCAAGAAAAAAGGGAGGCUACCUACCAUUCGUAGCAGAGGUUGUCCAAAAAGUUGAAGGGAGUGAGAAUGUGGUAGUCCAUUUCAUGGAACGAGACAGCGCACCAAAAACAUGGAGGUGGCCCGAUGAAACACUACUACGUGACCAUGUGAUUACAAGACAGGAAGUACUCCUGAUUCUGAAAGAACCAUUAAUAAAAAUGAAGGGUUCGCGUAUGAUGUAUGUUUUUAAUGAACCCUAAGCUGUGUUCACAUUGCCAGCACCUUCAAUGCGAAUUCCUGAAGUCGAAUCUGAGAAUUCGCUUUGAACUCAAACCGGUUUAAGAAAGCACGAUCUCAUUGCGUUUGAAACCGUUUCGAGACUGAAUUCGCCUUCAAUGCCACUGUUCACACUAUAAGCCUCAAACCGCUUCGAUACUGGAGCGCCCUCUAUCAGUGCUGUAGUUUAGCAUUCGUCCCCAUGAUUCAUUCAUCAUUUAAACCUAGACUGGUCGCCCGUCCUAAUACAUUUUUACGUUAGAACUUCUGCGUACUACGCCAGUCAGAUUCCAUGCGAUGAGGAGCAGGUAAAAGUCUAAUUUAAACCGGGGACGGGCUUGUGGUCACGGUCAGUUUGCGGCAUGAAGCCAUGGACAUGAUGGACGCGCUCAAUCAUGAUCACGCUCGGCCAUAUUUUACUAAUUUUAUUAAUUUUACCUAUAAUAAAACCGUCUAUGACAUGGCGUAUAUACAUGCUUUGCCCAUGCGAGAAAGUGUGAACACAGCUCUAGUGUGGCACAGAACAAUUUUUCCAGCUAGUGGCUGCCAACAUAACCUUUGACCUUUACAAAUCUUUAUACACUUCAAUACACACUAGAUCGCCAUUGCACUAAUGCCUAUAAACGAGGUUGAGCAAUCACCUCGUUUACAGGGAUUAGUGCAAUGGCGAUAAAGUAAAGUUAUGUUCCCUCAGGAUUAUUAGAUUUAAGAUUUAUUGUUACAUUGUUAUUGUUGAAACAUGUGAUGUGAUUGUCUGGCCAAAAUGUUUACUGGUCUUUGUUGAAGUUUGAGUUUUUUAACAUUUUUAAUAAAACUAUUUUAAAUUUAUUCAUUUUUCAUCUUGUUAAUUUCGGGAUACUGUACUACUAGGUCCAAUCAG